AUGUCAAAUAUUCCACAAUUAGAAAGAUCAAUUAAUAAUGCUCAAGCAGAGUUACAAGCAUUAGAGUUGAAACAACAUAUCAAAGACCAAGAGAUCAACGAAUUGGUCGAACUUGCCAUUAGCAAGAAAUCACCAAACAAUAGUAAAGAGAGAUUGAAUGUAUUGUUUUCAGAGUCUAUUCAAGAUCUUAGAGUUAAAGCAACCAAAGUACAAUCUAUAUUAACAUUGAAACAAGAAUUAUUGAAUAGUUUGAUUGAACAACAAGAUUCAAACAAGAUACAAGACAUUUGGAACCAAUUAAAGAACUCAUCGUUUAGAGUGUCACCAAGCAGCUCAUCAUACAACUACUCGACUGCCGAGACAUCGUCGGUUGCCAUAUCGGAUGGCAGCGGUGACCACAACAGCAAGGUCGACGAGAUCCAACAUGGUGUCGACUCGCUCAUUGUCGAAGCGGAAAAGGAGAUUACAAAGUGGGAGAUUGAAAAGCACGACAUUAUCAUUAACCGCGAGGCCAAGAUUGGCAGCGGAGCAUUUGGAUCGGUCUACAAGGGAUCGGUGCGUGGAAAAGAGGUUGCCAUUAAAAAGUUGACACAACAAUUCUACGACGAGACUGUACUCAAUGAGUUUAGAAAGGAGGUGUGUUUGAUGACCAAACUACGUAACCCACAUUUGCUAUUGUUCAUGGGUGCCUGUACUACACCAGGUGACUUGUGUAUCGUGACAGAGCUCAUGCCAAAGGGGUCGGUACACGCACUACUUCGUCUCAAAGAGGAUUCACCCGACUAUAUCGACUUUAAACGUACCAUCUUGAUUGCACGUGACACUGCACUCGAGAUGCUUCACAACAAAGAGUAUGAUGAAAAGACCGAUGUCUACUCAUUCUCAAUGUUGUUGUGGGAGAUGUUGACCAAGCUCGAGCCAUACAAUGGAUUUUACAAAAAUUACAACGAACUUCUCGAUGGCGUAGUCUACAAACAAAACCGUCCCACCAUGAACGACAACUGGACAUCUAAACUCAAGCUCCUCCUCACUCGUUGUUGGGAUCCACUUCCAAAUCGUCGUCCUUCAUUUGACGAAAUCACCAAUCACAAACUACUCGAUCAUAUCUUGAUUGAAGGUAUUCUUCAAGAUCAAAAUGGUCGUCAAUUUUGGACUCAUAAUUUUAUUGGCAAAACUGAAGUACAAUGGAAUCAAUUUUAUCAAGCAUUUUGUUCAUCAUUUGGAGUUGAUAUGAAAUUAUUUAAUCAAGAAAAUCUUAAAAUUAAAUGUCUCAAGUUGUUGUUGGUAGAGAUUGAUAGUGACAAUGUAAAGAUUGAAGAUUUUGGUAGAUUUUUGGGAUGGUUUGGUCCAUUGUCAUCGGGCACAGAGAUGUUGGAGAGAGUGUUCCAAGUGUGUUCACUCAAGGGGUUCUUGGGAGAGAGCUCGUCCAAGAAUGUCGUUCAAUUCCUUGCCAACAAAAAAUCGGGUACCUAUAUUGUUAGAUUCAGUAGUUCUGAUCAAGGCUGCUACGCACUCAGCUAUGUUUCCAAGAGCAAGGAUAUUAUGCACGCAAAAAUUAUACACAAGCCAGGUCAAGGUUACAUCCAUAUGGGUGGUACCACCUACUAUCCAUCGUUGGAGGAACUCAUCAAAAAUACAGGCUCCAAGGUUCUAGGACUCAAAGAUCCAUAUGAAGGAGGUGCUUACUAUGCUCUUAUCUAUGCUUCUAAACAUCCAUCUCAAGCUAAUACCUAUAUUGCUGUUGCUCCACAAAAGAAGGUUUAA